AUGCGCGGAACGACAGUUUUCUUUGCACUAGUGGUUUCAGCUAGAGCAGCCCCCAACCGCCUUUUGGAGGCGCAAUGGACGCAAGAAUUGCGAGAAAACGCACAAGAGCGUGAGGUUCUGACGCCCUGCACGAGCCAAAAUUUGGCGCCGGUGUCCAUCUCGGGAAAUUCGGCGCGGCUGUCACAGAUUUACCCGUUUCUAAAUUACGUGGACGUCUUUUAUGGCACCCAGGCUCACGGGCAUAUGUUUCCCGGGACCACAGUGCCCUUUGGAAUGUGCAAGAUGGGCGUCGAUGUGAUUGGCCCAUAUUUCUCCGACUCCUUCGCUGGAUACCAGAAGGACGGUGACGUCUGCGGAGUCUCCAUGGUCCACGAGUCCGGCAUAGAUACUACGCCCAGCUACGGCGUGGUUUCGCAACUGCCGAUGAUGGCAAAGUCACUUUCCGCGGUCGACACGACUCGCCAAAUUUCAUUUCCCAGGGCCAAGCCUGAUGUCGGACACAUAGGCUACUACAAAGUAUGCUUGGAUAACCACAUCGACAUUGAGUUCUCUUCAAGUAAUCGUUCUGGGGUUUACAAAUACACAUUUCCAGUGAGUUCUCACUUGCGUAACCACAAAAAUCCCGAGUCUCCCGUUAUAAUGGUCAACGUCACCCAACAUCUCCAUUCAUUCAAGAAGCCUUGGUGGUCUCAAAACUUUCAAAGCGGUUUCAUCAAAGUCUCAAAAGAUUUGAAGUCUUACCGCGGCUUGGCUUAUUUUUCUAGCGGUCCUAGCAAAACAAUGACCUGGAGUGUCAGUUUCUUUGGAAUUUUCGAUAAACCAGCAAAGAGAGUUCGAGCUUUCAAAGGAAAUCGAACUCACAGCCGACUACGAGUCAACAUGGCUGAAGAAUUGAAUCUGAACAUGGGGAUACUGUUUGAAUUCGAGCCCAACACCCGAAUCCUUCAUUCUCAUGUUGGAGUCAGCUUCAAUGACAUACCUACGGCAAUGGAGAAUAUUAACCUCAAUUACUCUCCUGACCAUAUGUUCGAUCUCAACUGGAGUGUACAAAAUGCAGUCGAGACUUGGAACACGGAAGUCUUUUCUAAGGUGUUGCUUGACCCUUUUAAUGAAAACCCAGUCAUGGUUCGAAACUUUUACAAUUCUUUGUACGGUUCUCAUUUGAUGCCCACGGAUAGAUCUGGGCUUGAGGCACCCUGGCCGACUAAAGAGCCUUAUUAUGACGAUUGGUCUUCGCUGUGGAAGACGUUUCGAUGCUUAAUGCCAAUGUUCAACAUCUUGAAUCGUCCCCGUUCUUCUCAGAUGAUUCGAAGUUUGAUUGAGAUUUGGAGACACGAAGGGUUUAUGCCUGAUGGAAGAAUAGGAGGCCUUAACACCAGAGCCAUUGGUGGGAGCAGUGCCGAUAUAGUUCUCGCAGAUGGAUUUGUUAAGGGCAUCAAUGCAGGCAUAAAUUGGCCUGACGGGUUUAGAGCCAUGCAAUCAAAUGCAGAACAGCACCCGAGCCAUGAAUUACACGUCGGCGAAAGACAGGGCAGGGUUGCCAUUUCUGAUUGGUUGAAAUUCGGGUAUGUUACUCGAAACUUUCCACGUUCUAUGACAAGAACCAUGGAGUAUGCUUACAAUGAUUUUGCGCUCUCUGUGGUAGCCAAAGGCCUUGGUUUGAUCAGUUUGAGUCAAAAGUACUUGAGCAGGUCUUCAAACUGGCAGAAUAUUUGGAAUUUUAAAGCCAUGAUACCCGAGUAUGCCUAUGGCGGUUUCAUCCAACCCAAGGACUCGCGGAAAGAUUUCAUUUCUAAAAGGUAUGAUCCUUUGUCGUGCUUUGGAUGUUAUUGGCGGGAUGAUGCAUAUAUGGGGCUACCCAUAGAAUACGGUUGGGCUGUUCCGCGUGAUGUUGAGACUUUAAAGUCUUUUAUUGGGUCUGAUGAAACUUUCAAACAGAGGUUGGAUGACAUGUUUGGCCUCUACGGUGACGGUUACGCCGAUUCCUUAAAUGAACCAAGUCUUAUGACACCGUUUUUGUACAAUUUCAUUAACCAACAGUUCAGAACUUCUGAGACCUUGGACUACUUGAUUGAUAAGAAGUUUUCAGUAGGCCCUAAGGGUUUACCACGAGAUUCAGGAGCAGGUUCAAUGCAAGCAUGGCUAUGGUUUGCAAUCUCAGGUUUUUACCCAAUUGCAGGGACCGAUGUGUACUUAAUGACAAGCCCUAAAUUAUCGAAAGUCGAAAUCAAACUUGAAGGGCAUGCCAAGGCCAUUGUCUUGGCCCGCAAUCUGUACCCAGAUGGUCUCAAUUCCAAAGUUCGGUUUCAGAGAAGGAACAACUAUAUUGAGAGCGUGAAACUUAACGGUAUCUCACUGAAUCGCAGUUGGUUCACUCAUGACGAACUCUUUGGUCUGCAAGGCGGCACGCUUGAGUUCAAAAUGACCGAUAACCCUGUCUUUUGGGACAAAGAUGGCGAUCUUCCACCAAGUCCUGGGCAUUACAGGCGAAAUGAUAUUUCUGUACCGAAUCAUAACAACGUUCAGAAGGCGACGGACAGACAGGGCCUAAUACGAGGGCCCAAAGAGCAUCAAAGAGUCGCCGUCAAGAGCAAAAGCAUUAGUAGAUAA